CACCACCAGGUAAUGUGUGGAGUUCGACUAUUUCUGUGUAUAAUUUAUUUCAUUAUGGUUGUUUGUGCUUUAUAUGGAUGCCCAGCACGCAAGGCCAAUAAUCGGGGGCUAUCAUUUCACUGCCUGCCAAAGAACAAUACAGAAUGGAAAAAUGAUCUUUUGAGGGUUAUUAAAGCAGACAGAGCAGAUAAACUCAACGAAAAAAACUUGGUCUUGGUGCUAUGCUCCAGACACUUCACGUCUGAUUGUUUCGAAGAGCAUGUGAGAAAGAAAACGGGUUUAGCCUAUCAUGUAUUGAAGCCAGGAAGUGUCCCUACCUUGAAUCUCCACGUUAAAAGUAUUGUCACAAAAAAGCUGGCUACUCGAAAGCCACCUAAAGAAAGAGCUGUACCGGAUGUUCUCAUUCAACCAGAACUUGAAAAUGAUUUAACCUUGAAGUUUAAAGACCUGCAGGUGUCUGAGUUACCUCCAGGGUGGCUUGUUUAUUCUUCUAAGGACAGCAGUUAUGAGUUUUAUAAAGUUGAAGGUAGUGCCAUCAACCUUCAUCUUAGUGUUUAUAGCGAUCUACAGUGUCACGUCCGCUACAUGAAUUUUCUAUUUCCAGAAAAACUUAAAGUAACAUCAGAUAUCUAUUCAUUUCUUCAAAGUGUAGAAAAUAUGACCUUGUGCCCUGGAAUUUCGUCUCCACAUUUAAAUACUGAUAUUGGUAGUACAUCCACUAAACAGUAUUUUCAACAUGUUAACCUGUGUAUGGUAACUCCACAUCAAAUUAGUUAUGCAAAAUGUGUUCGCUCCACAAACUGUAAAGGUUUUGUUGAAAACAGUAAAGACAUGUAUGUUUUUUGUAGACAGAUUAAGCGUGAAUUAACUGUAAAAAAUAACCUAUUGAAUAAGUCAAAAGAAAAGAAAACUUUAGCUGUGAAGACACCUUUACAGAAGGUCAGCAAAGGUUUGCUGUCUAAGGCUUUGAAGGACACCCGUAAAAAAAAUGAAGAAAUUAAAUAAACAACUUUUAACUAUACGCACACAACUCAGUACAGAAAAAGUAUCCAUUGAUUCUUCACAGCAUCAGUCUUUAUUUGAAAUCAUUAAAGAUAAUAUCAUUUCAGAUCCUUUUAUUAAAUUAUUCUGGGAAGAGCAGAAAAAAGCAUUUUCAAGGGCAAAGCGUGGACAUGUAUGGCAUCCUAUGAUGAUUCGUAUGGCAAUACUGCUUCAUUCACAAAGCCCAAGUGCGUAUAGAACCCUGCAAGAUAUAGGAAUACUAAAGCUCCCAGGUGAAUCGACACUUCAAGAUUAUACCAACUUUGUGAAGCCAUCUCCUGGAUUUCAUAUAGAGAUCUUAAAGGAAAUUAAAGAAGCUGCUGACAAACUGACAUCUAAUCAUCAGAAGUGGAUAAAUAUACUUUUUGACGAGAUGAGUAUAAAAUCUCAUCUCGUCUUUGACAGAGAAAAUGGAAAUGUUAUUGGUUUCAUUAAUAGGUCCACUAUUGGUGAUCUCUCCAGUAAUAUCGCAACCCACUGUCUUGUCUUAAUGGCUGUAGGAAUAACAAGUAGUCUUAAAUACAGUCUGGCAUGGUUCCCGACUAAAUCAACUAGUGCAAGUGAUCUGUAUACUAUAUUUUGGGAAGCUGUUGCCCAUCUCGAAACCUACUGCCAUCUUAAGGUUAUUUCUGCCAUGUGUGAUAAAGUUGUAUCAAAUAUGAAAUUCAUUGCCAUUCAUGGCAAAGAAGGAAUUACCUAUAAAACACCUAAUCUGUUUGCUAACGACACUCCAAGAGAUAUUUAUUUCAUAUCAGAUCCCCCACAUUUACUGAAAACAGUCAGAAACAACUUAUCCACCUCUGGAAGUAACAAAAACACAAGAUUCCUGUCUAAAAACGGAAAGAAUAUUCUGUGGAAACAUAUUGUUGAUGUUUAUAAUAAAGACAUACAGAAUGAGUUAAGUCGAGCAAGCAUAUUAACAUACAACCACAUUCAUUUAAAUUCAUAUUCUGUAAUGAAGGUGAAUUUAGCUGCUCAGGUAAUGAGUAUGUCAGUUGCUAAAAUUAUGGAGGAAUAUGGUGGAAAUGAAGCAAGUUAAACUGCUAAGUUUGUGUCUUUGGUUGAUAGAUUUUUUGAUUGUAUGAAUGUAAGGUCCUUAAAUGAGGGUUUAAGAAAACGUAAGCCUGAUUUAAUGCCUUACACAAGUUUGGAAGAUCCACGGUUUAAGUUCCUGUUAGAUGAUUUCCUUGGAUACUUAAAUGAAUGGAAAAAUAAAGUGGAGAGCAAAGAAGGCUUCAAUAAAUGAAAUGAAAUGAAAUGGAGUUUAACGUCCUACUGUUCUGCUCCUAACCUGGGCUAAUGAAGACGGGCAUACGCCAUACAGUGUGCUAUGAGGGAAAUUUUGAGGCUUCAAUAAAACUGAAAAAGCAAAGCAAAGAUGUUUCUAAGUCCCCAGACAUUCAAGGGUUUAGUUAUGACAACUCAUGCAGUGGUAGAGGCCACACAGUUUCUCUUGAGAAGUGGUGUGAGUUUUGUUUUAACAAAUAAAUUUUGCCAGGAUCUGGUUGAAGAGCAUUUUGGGCAUCAUAGGGCAUUGGGAAGACGGAAUGAAAAUCCUACUGUUUAUCAAUUUGGAUAUCAGGAAAAUAAACUAAGACAGCAGAGGAGUUUAACUUUAUUAUUAAAACCUAAUGGCAAUAUAACAAAGAAGAGAAAAGAGAAAUGUGUAGUUAUUGAUGACACUCCAUUAAAAAAAAAAAGAAAAGAAAAUUAACACCAGAUAAUUACUGCCCGAGUUAUAGUCCUCAAUCAGUACGAAAAGUCUUUUGGACGCUGUAGAGGUUAAAGUUAUUCUGAUUGACUUUUACCCAGUGUUGAUAACAAACUUGAUAGAAUUGAGAUAUUCUGAUACAUUUACAUAUUGAUUUAAUUUACAUUUUUACAGAGCUCUAAACUGCUCUGACCCAUAACUUACUGACUUGAAAUAGGCCAACUAUGAUUUGUGAAACAUCAUUACUGUGAAGGACUCUAGUAAUUUUUUAAGUCUUUUCUUAAACCCUUUGUGAAUUUUGAGACCUUGCCUUUUGAUUUUGCAGUGAACUGUUCCAACAUUCUUUUACAUUUGUGAUG